AUGCCGGCCUCCUCGCCCGGUUCUUCUGCCGCCAACCGUCUGUCCCAACUGCGCAGCCCGGGACCCGGCGCCAUCACCAGCUUUCCUCCUCCCCCGCCAACGCCGCCCCAGAGAGAAGCAAUGAGCCGGUUGCCCAAGGGGACCGCGCAGCCGCCGCCGAAGAAGCCGUCUACCUCGGCGCCUACCGCCGCCCGGGCUCAGGCCGGUGUUGCCAACGGCAUCUGGACGCCUCCGGAGAACGCGACGAGCCCCGUGGAAGCAGCCGCCGGGGCCAAGCAGCGGCCUGGCGUCAUCGACUUUGACAACCUAGAAGAAACCCUCCAGAACCUGCGUUUCGCUCCCUCCCCGAUGCUGUCCACCAUCUACUCCGUGCCGUCGACCCCCGGCGACGAGAUUUCUACCCCCGACUUCCCCGUCGGCCACAGGGCCAGCCCGCCCAGCAGGAAGCGCGGCCGCGGCGUGGUCGCCUGCAUCAACAGCCCCGCGACCUUCUGCACGACGUGGUACACCCACCCUACCGCCCCGGACUUUCCCAUCUGCUCGAGAUGCUACGAAGACUACCUCGUCGGCACGCGUUUCGAGCACGACUUCCGGGGCAAGGUGUGCGACGACAACAAGCCCCGCGUAUGCCGCUUCAGCAAGCCCCGCAUCAGGGACCACAUCCUCCGGAACACCCUCGCCACGGGGCGCGUCGAGGACCUCGUCGGCUUCCUCGGCCACAGGAGCACCAUCCCCGACUGCAGAGGGCUCGACGGCGUCAUGGGGGGGCAGGGGGCCAAGUGGUACCGCCCCAAGAACAACGCCGUGCCGAACAUGGUCGUCUGCGAGGCGUGCUUCGAGGACCACGUCCAGCCCUACCGCUUCGCCGCAAACUUCGAGGCGGCCUCCGGACAGGCGCCCACCGACGUGUGGUCGUGCGACCUGUCGACCCCGUACAUUCAGAAAGCCUACAAGACCGCCGCGGCCGAGAACGACUGGGCCGGCUUCACGAAGGAGGCCGUCGCCCGGAUGGCCAUGCCGGCCUGCGCCAAGCGGCAGAAGGUCACCGUGGGCUCCCGCAGGUGGUUCACGCCGGCCGCCGCCGCCUCCGUCGCCGCGAACCACGACGGCGUCCUCGUCUGCGCGGCCUGCUACCACGACCACGUCGUCGGCUCCGGGGAGGAGCGCAACUGGCGCGACGCCGGCCGCGACAACCUCGCCUCCCGGUACGGCAGCCUGGUCUACUGCAUGCUGGGGCACUUCAACGUCGGCGUCGCCAUGUCGCGCGCCGCCGAGACCGGCGAGUUCUCCGUCUUCUGGGGCGCCCUCGACGCGGCAUGCAGCGAGGAGUUCUGCGGCCCGCAGGGCAUCAAGGACGGGACGUGGUACACCUUCCCGUCCCACCCCGAGGAGUUUGGCAUCUGCGCGUCGUGCGUCGCCACCGUCGCCGAGCCCCUCGGCCUCGCGUCCUCCCUGGUCACCAAGUGCGGCGUGCGCCCCGGCACCACGACGCUCUGCUCCUUCAACCCCGCGAGCCCGCGCUUCGCCUCGUACAUGGGCAAGCUCCUCGAGGGCUUCUUCACCGCCGACACGCAGCCCCUCGAGUCCUACGCCCUCGAGUUCGCCAGCCUGCCCCUCUGCCCCCGCGACGAGGAUUUCCAGAACCGGCGGUGGUACGGGUGGGAGGGCUGCGCCGUCUGCCCGUCCUGCUACCACGAGUUCGUCCGCGGCACCGCCCUCGCCGCCUCCAUGCCAUUGAAGGGCGACAUGGUGCCCGCGAGCCUCAUGUGCGAGAUGUACAGCCCGCGCAUGCGCCGCCUCUACGCCGCCGCCUGCGCGAGAUCCCCGCCCGACCCGUCGGAGCUCCUCGAGGUGUGCAAGGCCCGCCGCGCCGUGUACGCCGAGACCGUCCCCGCGAUCAGGGAGAUGAUCAUGGAGGCGCAGGCGGCGCUGGGGCAGCAGCGGAUGCUGAACGCCAUGGGGUCGGCGAACGGCGGGGCCGCGGGACAGAUCCAGGACGUCGCCAGGCAGAACGCCGGCGCGUGCAACAUGCCGGGAGCCGGGUUCGGCCUCUCCAACUGCUUUGAGAUGCAAGCCUCCUCGUACGGGAAGCAGGCGAACUCGAUCCUGGCCGAGUCCGGCACGCGGGCGCUUGUUAUCAGACAGUUGGAGAGGAAGUGGAGGGAAGUCGAAUAA